ACUUUGUACAUAAUUUGUACCUGUCACAGUGCUGAUCGGUGUGACGAAGAAACGAUUGUCAUGUCUCGCGCUCUGAAGGAAUGUCGCAUUCCUCCCAGAGCUGGUUUCCCGAAUCUCGCAAUAUUGCAUUAAUAUUAUACAUCUGUCAACACCACGGUCACCAGCGCACAAUUUUCACCACCACGCAACAUCCUCAACGUGAUAUGCGCCGAUAGUGAUACCUACUCUGCUUCGAUUCUACAACAUGGAGCAACUACUGAAGAAUUUUCCUCACCGCAUCAGCAGCGAGCAAAAAGUCAAGCCCAAGUCGAACUAUGCGCCAUGCGCGCAGAAGCCGCUUGGACGUCGCCCCAAGGUGUUGGACACCCGCAAGAUAGAAAUACCUGUACAUGGCCACCAAGGUCUAGCAAACGAACCAUAUUUGCACGAGUCCCGCCAUGUUCCAGUCACUCAAACUUAUCUACAAGCACUCCGCCAGUCUCUCGACGAGAUCCACGCCUGCAUCACUGCUGCUAUAAUGAGUCCGCGAGAGUCUGAUAAUCCUGGUCAAGAGACAUACACCACGACAGCGCACAUACGAAACGCCGUCCGCCACGUCUCCCUGCUGAUCCCCGCCCUCGCCCGUCUGUCAUCGUACCCUCACCUCUUCCCCGACAGGGCCGCCUCGCAGGCAUUCUGGCGAAUCGUACACACUCAUCUCCGCGCUCUAGCCCUCCAGGUUGCCGCAUACAAGACCUUGACGGAAUCAUGGCGCCUGUUCGCUGCCUCCGACGACAACGCCGACGUGUUUGAAAACAACCUCGUUAAUCCCCCGCAACCUUCUCCCCAGAACCCCAAGGUGUCGAUAACGCCAUGGCGGUCAUGGCUCCAGUUCUCCUCGAUUGAGACAUACCUACAGAAAACAGAUCAACCGUUUGAUCCGCUCAUUGUCUCUCGGACUUGGCAGCCGUACUUUAAUCGGAUGGAUGAGAUGCGUCGCGAGGGGUAUGUUCCUCUCGGUAUGCAGAUCAUGCCGAUGCAGGGCAUCUUGUUGGCGGAGUAUUGGCGAUUAGGGAUGGAGAAGAUGGUGGAUGCGAUUACUGAAGUUUCGACUAAUGCGGAUGUGGCUGCUCUGUUUCGGCCCGACUUUGACAAUUUCCUCAACACAAUCGAGCCCGUAUCCAUGACACCUCCCACUCUCUCCGUACCAAUACCAACCGAUACCUCCGUCCCUCUCCCAGAGCUCGCGAACCAACACCACGAUAGCCAUCUCAUCUGGGUCACCGGUCCAGCGACCAUUAUGCCGACUAACGUCAUACGCGGCGCCUACAACCCCGGCGCGGAUGCAGCACGUCUAUACGCCGGCCUUGGGACAAGAAGUACGAUUUCCCGCCGGAGCAACAGUCGGCUGGUUCGGAUGCUGAUGAGGAAGAUGACACCGGAGGAGAGAAUGCGAGAGCAGGCUUUUCUCAGGGCAGCGGAGAGGCUGGCUUAUCUGAAAUUCCUCGAAGAGAGCAGGAGGGAGAGGGAGAUGAUCUUGAAGCAGAUAGACGAGAAGAACAGGGCUUUGAACGCAGAAAAUGCUGCGGAUGCGCAAGAGGUAGCUGGCGAUGGUGGCGGAGAUGAUGAGAUGAAGGAGGACGGACAGGAGCAUGGAGAGAACGGUGAGGUACAGGUGAUGGAUGCUUAGAAAAUUGCUCGUUCUUCCUGCCCUCGAUUAAUACUCUGAUGCUGAUCAUUACAUCGGCCGCACUAUUGUUCCAUGUUAUCCGGCAAGACAGCUCGAUCGUGAUGUUCGCUCAUCGCACCAAUGGUCUGUUUCUGAAAUUGAUAUCUUCAUCAUCGUCAUCUAUUCCCUCCUGAACGAUGCUAUUUUUCAACCAAAAUCCAGGCGUUUCUCGCUCCCAUGCCACUCUCCUUGAUUCUUCCUGCUUCCCGCCACCUAGCUCAAAGUU